AUCAAUUCUCUGUGUGGAAGCAUGGGUUCACUCAAGAGUGAGAACUCAUGCACCAACAUGACCCACCCACCAACCUCACCAUCUGACUCAUCGUCUAUCUCAAUGUCAGAGUCCAAGAAGACACCUCCUCCAUCUGAAAUGGAUCAUAGCAGCUUCACCCCGCCGAGCCUCAGCUUCCCGUCGCUCAAGGCCCACAAGGAAGAAGAAGCCGAAGUCCAGUCGCCCACCGCCGCCCUCCUCGAGUCCUUCUUCUCCGACCAGCUCGAUGGCGACUUCAUGAUCUCUUCCCCUGCGAGGACCAACCUCACUGCCCACAAUGGUACUAACACUAACCUCCCAUCACCCCACAGUCCGAACUUCAGCUACAUCAACAGCUUGACCUAUGCUCCCAACAUCCAAGGGCAGUCCCUCUCGUGGUACUCCCCACCGCGGCUCUUCUCUUCGCCGCUUGGUCCGCUCCGAGGGAAGGGUAUGAGCCCUCUCCACAAGGUCUCGAACAAUAACAACAACAAUAGCAGUAACAAUAACAAUAGUAAUAACAACGACAGCAGCAACAGCAAUAGUAAUAACAAUCAUAAUCCGUAUAUGCAAGUUGGGAGUAAUCUUGCUCUGCCUGCUAUCGAGGAUUACUUGGAGGACUACCAGAAGGAAGAGUUCACGAUAUAUCCUUCGCAGUUCGACGCCAGCCCGAUGCUCGAGUGCAUGUCAGUAGGACCGAGGUAUGGCCGGCCGAUGAGCGAGACGGUGGGCAGCGGAUCUCAGCUCACUCAGGAGAGCGAUGUGUAUUAUCCCGGGUCUUGCGAGUCGAGUUCGCAGAUGCCUCUGUCUCAGCAGCUGCAACGAGAGCACCUCCAAGAGAAGCGGCAACAGCAACAUGAUCAGUCGACUCAGCAGCAUCAAAACCUGGCUGACACUUUGAUGAUGCCCAUCGCUAUUGGCUCCGAACAGGAACAAGACAGUGGGCUUCAACUGGUGCACCUCCUCCUUGCGUGUGCUGAAGCAGUGGCCAAAGAGGACUACAUGCUGGCCCAGAAGUACCUCCACCACCUCAACCGCAUCGUCUCGUCCAUCGGCGACUCCAUGCAACGCGUCGCCGGCUGCUUCACCGAAGCCCUGAGUGCCCGCCUCGCCGCCACCCUUGCCACUCGCCCCACCUCCUCCUCCGCGAAGCCCUUCUCCCCGUUCCCCCCAAACUCCGUCGAAAUCCUCAAGUACUACCAAAUCCUCUACCAGGCCUGCCCCUACAUAAAAUUCGCCCACUUCACCGCCAACCAGGCCAUCUUCGAGGCGAUCGAGUUCGAGGAGCGUGUCCACGUGAUCGACCUAGACAUCCACCAGGGCUACCAGUGGCCAGCCUUCAUGCAGGCCCUCGCUGCCCGGCCAGGUGGGGCCCCCUUCCUCCGAAUAACCGGAGUCGGUCCUGACAUCGAGGCUGUGUGCGAGACUGGCCGGUGCCUCACGGAGCUCGCCCACUCCCUCCACAUCCCCUUCGAGUUCCACCCAGUGGGGGAGCAGCUGGAGGACCUCAAGCCCCACAUGCUGAACCGGCGGGUCGGGGAGGCACUGGCGGUGAACUCCGUAAACUGCCUCCACCGCGUCCCUGGAAAUUGCCUCGGGGGCCUGCUCUCCAUGAUCCGCGACCAGGCCCCGAACAUCGUGACCCUCGUCGAGCAGGAAGCGAGCCACAAUGGGCCCUACUUCCUGGGCCGGUUCCUGGAGGCGCUGCACUACUACUCGGCCAUCUUCGACUCGCUGGACGCCACGUUCCCACCGGAGUCGGCGCAGAGGGCGCAGGUGGAGCAGUACAUCUUCGCACCGGAGAUACAGAACGUCGUGGCGCGCGAGGGGGCAGAGCGGACGGUGCGGCACGAGCGGCUCGAGAAGUGGAGGAAGGUGAUGGAGGGGAAGGGGUUCAGGGGGGUCCCGCUCAGCGGGAACGCCGUGACCCAGUCGAAGAUCUUGCUGGGUCUGUACUCGAGCGACGGGUACCGCUUGACGGAGGACAAGGGCUGCUUGCUCUUGGGGUGGCAAGAUAGGGCCAUCAUCGCGGCCUCUGCAUGGCGAUGUUAAAAUUAAGCUUUUCCUUCCUUCCCUCUCUCUACGUGCAGUAUGUCUCUUUUGCCCUUGUUGAUCGAUG